GGCGCUGGUUCUCGGCUUCCUGCCACCCCGCGGCUGCGCGCUGCGCCGGGAGCUGACCGUGGUGCUGAGCGCGCUGCUCGGCUAGCACACCGCGCGGGUGCUGUUACCGCCGCGCCCUGCGACACUCCUGGGCCCCAGCGUUGCAGGGGUCACUGGCAGCAUGGAACUGAAGAGGGGAAAGACCUUCAUCAAAUCCAGCCUGCAGAUUUCCCAUGAGAAGCCCCCAGAUACUGCAGCCACUGCUGUAGCCACAGAGGAUGCAGGUUCCUGGUCAGUCUCGCUGGGAGGGCAGCAGAGACCCCACUGUGAGAAGGGGUCUGAAACCAGCUCCAGCACCCAAGGGUAUGAUCGAUGCCCCAACAAGGGGGCACAGACUGACCCUGAAGGGGGUCCUGCUACCUUCAAAUUGGUACGGAAGAGCAAAACUCAUGAGAGUGUUCCAGGGGCCAGCAGGGCAGCAACCACCACAGGGCAGCUGGUGGGUAGUGCAAGCUUCCCAGGACCCACUGACAGCCAGCGCAUGAUUGACUACCGCCACUUUGUACCCCAGAUGCCCUUUGUGCCAGCUGUGGCCAAGAGUAUACCAAGGAAGAGGAUUUCUUUAAAAAGGCCCAAGAAGUGCUUCCGGAACCUAUUCCAUAUCCGCAGAAACAAGACAGAGAACUUGGCCUCACUGGCAGCCAAAGGGAAGAGCCUGUCCUCCCCUGGGGACCCAUCAGAUGCUGCAAGGCAGAGAGGCAAAACCUUCUUUUCCCAGGGUGAGAGGCUGGGGCUGGAUGACCUGUGCCAGGACCUGUCUGACAGUGAGUUCCUGCCUGACUCACCCUUCGACCUUUGCAGUGCCCUGUGUGAGGACGUAGCCUCCCUGAAGAGCUUUGACUCACUCACAGGUUGUGGGGAGAUCUUUGCAGAUGAGAGCUCGUUGCCACCUCUAGAGCUUAGUGAAGGCCCUGAGAGCCCAGCUCGGGUGUCCCAAGCCUUGGAAAGCAAGGAAUCCAGGGGCCCUUCACAAGACAGUGUGGAACAGCUGGCUUCACCUGCCCAGAAUGAGGUGUUGGAUUUCACCAAGUUCUGGGAGAGUGUGAAUCGCUCUGUGAGGCAGCAGCAGCGUGCUCUGCUAGGCCCAUGGCUGGCAGGUCCUCAGGGGACAAACACAGACCAACCCAGGCCAGAUACAACUGGGUUGGCAGAGUUGCCCCUGUUCCCCUGCAGGGACCCCCCAAGUGGCUCCAAAGCCAGCUCUAUAGACACAGGCACCCCCAAAAGCGAGCAACCAGAAUCUGUAUCUACGAGUGAUGAGGGAUACUAUGACUCCUUCUCCCCGGGUCUUGAGGAGGAUAAGAAGGAGACCCCAAGCCCAGGAACGCCUGCAGCUGCCUUCCCCAGGGACAGCUACAGUGGGGAUGCCCUUUAUGAGCUCUUCUAUGACCCCAGCGAAGGCCCUGUUGGACCAAACCUGGAUGAUGACUUGUGUGUGUCUGAGAGUCUGUCAGGACCUGCCUUGGGGACACCACUGUCCAUGUGCAGCUUCCAUGUGGGGGCGGAGGAGAACCUGGCCCCAGCACCAGGCCCUGACUUGCUUAGCCAGGGCUUCCUGCAGAGCUCUUGGAAAGGCAAGGAAUGCCUGCUAAAGCUCUGUGAUACAGAGCUUGCUAUCACCAUGGGCAUUGUCAACUGGCUUCGCCGUGCCCCACCUGCCCCAGUCCCUGCCCCUGGGGAGCCUACAACCUCAUCUGGUCCACAGCGGGCCCCUAGAGGACCAGCAGAGAAGCUAGAGGGCAGGGGAGAACAGGCCUCAGAUGCAGGCAGAGCCACAGUAUGCUCAGCACCCAGCAGGCAGCAGCUGUGGGCUCACCCAGCCACUAAAGGUCUGCUUGUCAAAGAGGGUAAUGUCCCAGGGGAGACUGCAAGGGAGACUGGCACCCCGCCCAAGAACUCUCUAGAGGAAGAGACACAAGGAUACCCUAAUGCUUUGUUCUCCUCUGUGGGGUCUUCAACCAAUACAAGAGACGUUUCCAGUAAAGGCAAGGCUCCAAACUCCACUGCCUGGCCUGGCUCACAGAAGGAACCCAGGCCACCUGAGAACCUGAGGCAUUCUCAAAGCCCAUGGAGGCCAGGGCAUGGAGGAAAUGCUCUGGAUGUAGGGCCCACCUUGGCAGGCUAUGUGGCCCAUGUGGCAGCCUUGCAGAUCCACCCAGACAACCAGCCUCCCAGGCAGGACAUAGGCAGUGGACCCUUCAGGCAGACUCCAGCCUGGGACCCUGACAUUCUGCAGCAGAAACAGACCAGCAGUUCUCCCAAUGGGGUUGCUGUCUGUGGCCUCCCCAUCCAAAACAGCCCACAGGACCAGAGUUAUCCAGGCCUCAUCCUGAACCUGAGCCAGCUCAAGUUAGAACCCUCCAGACUGGGUGCCCAGACCUGUGCCUCUGCGGAGGACCAGUCAAUGCAACUCAGUCCCAGGGCUGUGGCACAGGCAGCACAGAGGAGUCAGCUGGACUCUGAGCCUCCCAUAGCUCCUACUGCUGGGCAGAAUCCCCGGAGAUAUCCCUCGGAAAUCCUGGGCCUCACUUUGGACAGCCAGCGGUAGGUGGGCUUCUCUGCAAGUGCUCCACAUGCUGCCACAAUCUCCUGACCCAAGAGGGCCUCCCUUGAGGCUAGUUGGAAGUUGGGGCUCCCAGGCCGACCAAGACUAAGCCCCAUCUGUAGAACAGGUUCACCCUCAUCAGGAGCUGUAUCUUUAUGGUCACAUUCAGGAGAAUGGAGGAACCAAAUUUUUACCUUUU